CCCUGAGCGCGGGCGGCGGCAUGUGGCGGCCGCUGCGCCGCCAGGCCGCCGCCGCCCGCCGCCCUCCUGGAUGCGCCGCGGCCGCCGCCGCCCGCUGCGCCGGGGCUCCGCCAGGACGCGGGAUCGACGCUGCUGCGGGAAGCGAGAGGCGCCGGCGCCCCGAGGCAGCGAGCGCCGCGGCCGCCCCGCCGCCCGGCACGGCGGCUGGCAGGGGGCAGCCCGCGCCCGGAGCGCGCCGCCGCGGACGACUUCUCCCCGGAGCCGCCGCCGCCGCCGCGGAGCCGCACGACCGGCUGCCCACAGGGCGGGUUGCCGUCUUCUUCGGAGCUCUCGGGUCCGCCUCAGGCUCCAGGUCACCCUAAAGAAUGGCCGAGCCUUCUGGGAACGAGCUGGCGUCCGCGGCUGCCAAGGGGGACCUAGUGCAACUCACUAAUUUGUUGCAAAAGAAUGUAAACGUCAAUGCACAAAAUGGAUUUGGGAGGACUGCGCUGCAGGUCAUGAAGCUGGGGAACCCCGAGAUCGCCCGGCGGCUGCUGAGCAGAGGCGCCAACCCCAACCUGAAGGACAGUACCGGCUUCGCCGUGAUACACGACGUAGCCCGGGCGGGCUUCCUGGACACUUUGCAGACUCUGCUGGAGUUUAAGGCCGACGUGAACAUCGAGGACGCCGAGGGCAACCUGCCGCUGCACCUGGCGGCGCAGGAGGGCCACGCGGCCGUGGUGGAGUUCCUGCUGCGGCGCACGGCCAGCCGCGUGGGCCACCAGAACAAGCGCGGCGCCACCGCCUGCGACCUGGCGCGCCUCUACAAGCGCACGGCCGUGCUGCGGCUGCUCGAGGGCGCCCGCCCGCCGCCCGCCCCCCAGCCCUGACCGCCCCGCCGCCGCCUCCCGCCCCGGCAGCGGCUCUGCUCCCCCAGGUCGAGGUGGGUUUUCGGCAGGAUUCCGCAUCCGCACUCCCGGCAGCGCCCCGCACCCGCCGCCUGCAAAGCGCUACGAGACUCAGCCGUGUACAUGUCGGUCGCCCAUGCCUAGUCUGCCGGUACCAAGCGUUACACUUCAUCUUAGCUGAUGGGUCUUAAGCCAUUAAUGCAAGAGAAAGCUAUAUAUUCACGUGCUUUACGUCGCUGUACUUUUACGCUCCAAGACUUCCCCCGCCUCCCGCGCCCCAGACCCUGCUCGGGAGUCCCAGGCGGUGGGAGAGCCGCCGGGGGGGCACCGCAGCCCCGAGCCCAGGCAGGGCGGCUCGGCCUGCAGGGAGCGGGUGUCGCGCCGGAGCGCUGGGCAAUAGCUGCGUUUUGACACUAACAAGAGCUUGUAGAAGUAGGUCACUCGCUUUCUAAAUGUAGAUUACACUUCUCCGCUUUGUGUAUUUAAACUUUCACCAAGCUGCUUUUCAAUUUAGUUACCAGAAACAAUAUAAGUGGUGUUUUUGAUUGCCAGAGGUUUUAAACAGCUCAGUUUAGUGGCUCGUGUUUACUGUGCACUGAACAAUAUAUUUUUCUAGCUUCAGAACAAGCAGCAGAUAACCGUUGUCAGAGAAAAGAGCACUGUAAGGCUGUAAUACAGCAAGUUUUCUGGUCACUUCAGAGUCUGAGAGCAGUUUAGAGGCCGUUUAAGAAAUACUUGCUUUCCACCAACUGUUCUGUUUUGUUUGUUUUGGAAAUAAACCAUUUUAAUGAUAGAUGCAUCUCACAGAAUAUGAAUAUUUGAAUACAGUGAAAUUUAGGAAGCAACACGUUUGAUAUUCCUGAACUUACAUUACGGCUUGCAGCUAAAAUACAAUUUAACCCUUGGAAAUUUUCUGUUGCAGUGCAGUGGAUAGUAUGGGUAAGCCCAAAACUCAUGUACCUCGAUAGCUACCAGGGGAGCUAACGCUCAGCACCUUAUCGGAAUGAGUUUAAUAUGAGAACUUUUGACAUUUGUAUAGGUCCUAAUUGUUCGACAGAUGAGCAGUUUAAAGUGCUUUACUUUGAAUAGUUUAGAUUUUAACCGCGCAAAAUAGAAGGUAUUAAAUCCGUGUAAAAUGAGUAGAUAGCUACAAACAGCACUUAAAAGAAGAUAUGUUCAUCUAGAUUUUUGCUCUUCAAAAAAAGAUUUUAGCCCCACAAAUUCAGUUCCUAUUGUUUUCAAGGGAGAAGUAAUUUCCUGAAACUGUCUAUCACGUGUAGUAUACGCUCUGUCACACUGCUGUGUUUUUUGAUUAAAAACCUCUGUGAAAUACGAA